AUGGAGUAAACUGUAACGUGAAGGAUUCGCGUUCUGUCUUUUAAAUAUCGAUUUGUCUGUCGAGCGGACGUUAUGUGACAACGAUGAACGGUUUUUUCAUACACCGCUCCAUUGACGAGAAUUACGUGAAUGCAAUCGAACUACGAGUAACCUAGCAUAAGUACUUUCUUAUUCACAAUGGACCAUGCGAAAAGUACAAGCAUGUAUGUAAACAUGAAGAUCACGAAACAUUCGCGUAUUACUCGUAAUUGUUAUUUUCAGGCGACAAUGUGGAACUUCCAGAAAUUUUGGCUACUAUAAACCUUUUAGCGAACGAAACAAAUUGCAAGCAUCGAGAUGGACUCUCCACCGUCAUGUUCGCUAAGCGCUACUGGACCUCUCAGCGAUCUUGGUAGCAGUGGAAUUGGAGGGUCCAUUUCUAGUGAUUCCGUUCGAGCGCAUCUCGCAAUCGAGAUGCAAGAAAGCGAUAUCGAGAGUAAAUCUUUGUCGCAAGAUUCUUUCGAUUACUCGGAUGGUAUGUGCGGCGAAAAUUUUAAUACGUUAAAAAAAGGACCAGGUUGGGCCGAUGCCGAUGGAAAACUAGAAGUCGAAGUGGUCGACGUAGCUAUUAAACCUCCGCCAGAGUUUCAAGAUAGUCCCUCUCCUCCGAACUCAGAAUCUUCAUCUGCACCGAUUCUUAGCUAUGCACGUUUAAUGAGACAGAAAGUUCCACAAUUAAUAGACGAUUACGCUGAAAAUUUAGUACAGUCGACAAUUGAAGAAGCGUUAAUAAUAUCUUGUAGGAUAUCAUGGCCAGAAGGAAGAAUAGCACCCGCAACAAAUCGUGUACCAGUGUUAACUCGCAGCAUGCACAAUCCAAAACGUUUUUGGGCGACAGACCUGUUGACUCCUUCGUCGAGUCAAGGUGCUACGACGUUGAUUACUCCGUAUAACACUUUGAAUCGUCCGAAUUCACGAUGUUCUUUAGCAUCUUCUCGCUUGUCCAGUUCUCAUAAUUCGAUAAAUACCUCAGGAUUAAGUCAUAAAGUAGAUGACAGUAGUUUCAUAACUUCCGCUAUGUCGCACGACGUUUUAACAACAAGCGAGAUCAGCGAUAUGUACAACGUGCCCUUUGAUUCUGAUAUUUAUACUGUACCGAUAGAUGUUGUUAGACCUUUGCAUGAUCUUAGAAUACAGCAAAGGCCGAAACGUCAUAGACAUCAUCGUAAGAGAAGACGAAACGUAUCUGCUAGUUCUCAGAGCGAAUUGGAAGCCCAUAUUCAACAGGCAAGACAUUACUGCGGGAAACCUCGUGCUAUUACUCACGUUAUUAAAUCACAGAGACUGUUAUCCGAUGUAUGUUGCAACGAGAGCGGGAAUGGAAAACGUCACAGUGUCCCAGGGACGUCGGGCCGACAUGGAACUCGCACGUCUAAUGGUCACAUGCAUAAUAUUGGAGAACCGAUUCAUAUGACUUUACAUGAAGUGCGCCAAUAUCUGCAAACCCUAUACUCAAGCUCCAGUGAUUCUAGUGAAAAUAAACUUAAACGCGAUAAUAAGGCUCCGAUAAGUCAUACACCUAUACACCUUGCGACACCGAAAGGUAUUAGUGUAAAUAAUAAUAAUAGGUAUAGUAACCCACAUACAGACUCGUCGACAGAUAUUCCAAUCUCAAACAAAAAUAGCAAUGGACUGAUUCACAAUAACAAUAAUAAUAAUAAUAAUAACAAUAAUAAUAAUGGUAACGUUAAGAAACAUAAAAAGAAUACGUUCGCUAGUAUUAAACAUAAAAAAGUAAAAGAGGAACCACACAAGGAGAAGGUUGAUUCUGAAAGGGAAAAAAUGAAGAAGAGUCAACGAAAUUUCUCGCUGAAUCUGAAGCAAACGCUUUGCAAUAUCUUUAGAUUCAGGCGUUUGGGUUCUCCGGACCACUUUGUAGAGAAAAGAAACAGCAUUGUACAGGGUGAAAUUGUAGAAGAGGAAGAAGGGGUCGAUUCUGACCAACAUGCUAAUAAUAAUAACACUACCUCAGAGGUAGAUUCCUCUGUGCAAAAGUUACCUUUUUUUAAGCGUGCAUUACCGCCGUUGCCAAACAGCAACGGAGACGUUGGGGUGGAACAAGCGGAAGACGCGCUUACAACGAUGGUAUCUAAAUGCGAUAGUCCGACUUCUGUACAACAAAUGUCUGCGUCUAUUUCAAAAGUUGAAGAAGAAUCAACAGAGGAUACCAGCAUGGAUUUUGCUGCCAGCAUCGAGAAAGUGAAGAAUUACGGAUGGUAUUGGGGCCCGAUAUCUGGUGAAGCUGCGGAGAAGAUACUGUCCAACGAACCAGAUGGGUCAUUCAUCGUACGAGAUAGUAGCGACGACCAUUAUAUUUUCUCUUUAUCGUUUAGACUUAACAGUUGUGUACGACAUGUGAGAAUAGAGCAUGAUCAGGGUAAUUUCAGCUUUGGAAGUUGCACGAAAUUCAAGUCACAUACAAUUGUCGAUUUCAUUGAAAAUGCGGUAGAGCAUUCGCGUAGCGGGCGGUACCUGUUUUUUCUUCAUCGGCGGCCAGUGUUAGGUCCGAUGCGUGUACAACUUCUCCAUCCAGUGUCGAGAUUCAAACAGGUUCAGAGCUUACAACACACGUGCAGAUUUGUUAUUUUGAAGAUGGUACGCAGGGAUCUUAUUUCAACUCUACCUCUGCCCCGGCGGCUCAUCGAUUACCUGAGCACGCCGCAUUAUUACACCGAGCAAUUAGCUGAACAAGACGACAGAGCCGAAUCUCCUGUUAGUUCUUCGACUGGUGAAUUAGAGAAGAUUUGUUUCACACCGCAAGGCCUAUCGUGAGGUACAAAUACAUAAUUUUUUGUUCUUCAUCUUUGUAAAAUACUUGCCAAAUGUUUAAAUGUCGUGUUACAUAUGAUUUAAGAUGAAAGAGUUUACAAGGUUUUAUUUCAUAUGACUCUGUUAAACAGUAUCAUGAUGAAAUAUAACAAAAUUGCUGGUUUCUCCAUCCAUUUGUACGUUGGUUUAAAUUUUUAAUAUAAUAUUUAAUAUUUUUUCGAAAAGAAUGGUAAUCCGUUCCACGCAGCUCGUACGUAGGUUUAUAAAUGACGUAGUUACUUACGUAAACGUACUAAAAAAAAAACGAGAGAAAACAAAUGGGAGAAGAAGUAAAAUUCGUUGAAAAAUAAUUUUUCAUCGGGUUUCACUCUUACGUACAUUGAAAUAUACGAAUAAAUUGCUGCUUGAUUGCGAAACUUAUUUUUUUUUUUUCAUUAGGUUAGAAUUAUUUUAGGGAUACUCUGAGUAAUUCCAACAAAUUUCUUUAAGUUCCUGUUUAUUGUUUUAAAAUAACGUUAAAAAUUCCGUACGACGCGAUGAGCAUAUAAUAUUUGUAUCUCACGAUGCGAUCCACUGAUCGAAUAACUCUUUCUUGAGUGCCAUAUACCUUAUAUCGCUAUUUUAAAUUGGAUAUUAGAAUCGUAAAUACGUUUACUUUUAUUGAGUUUUCGUUAAUGAAUUAUCUGUCUGUCGGAGAUUAUUCAAUUACGUAGUACAUUGAUUACUAUCGUAUAAGAGUCUGAAAUACGCGAUUUAAUAUAACUAAAAGGACUAUAAAUAUAUAGUCAAUCUAUAUCUUACAUAGAACGUUCCAUUUCAUUGGAUGAUGAAUACAAAGUCAAUGAAUAUGUUACUGAACAUUGAUGCACGUACAAGCAAUUAUGGGAAAAGGCAGUAGGCUAACGUUACAUUAAAAUAUAUUCUGGCAUAUAUAAAAAAUCAGUUAUUGUGUCUAUCAACUGUAGGAAGUUUCAAUAUUAAUCGGUUUAACGAGUCGUUGUAUCACAUUUUAAGUUUAGACGUAGCUGCCACAGACUGAUUAACUUAGAAGAAAUAUUCAACGAACUAAUGGAAUCAUAAUGCUGUAUAAGUAUCUUCAUGCAAGCAUCAAUCGUAUUUCCUCACAAAUUAAUAUGGAUAAUUAAUUUUGAAAAUAAUCUUUGAAUGGAACUUAGUUUCAUUUAAUUAUGUUGCUUUAUAAUAUAAUUAUAUUUAUGUGUGUAUAAUUUGAUUUGAUAGCAUAAUAUUAGUUUAUUAAGAAGUUAUGAAUUUCCGUCAUAUUAACUAUGUAUAUUUUGUGAUUUUUUAAUAUUUGAAGUAUAAUUGAUGUUACAACGUGCAAUUUUCUUCUAUGUAUAGCACUUUUUUUUUUCAUUCUUAAUAACCAAUUUUAAAAUAAGAUUUAAUGAUAUUUACCUUGAAAGGUAAACAAUUCUGUGUUAAAACUGAUUAGCGACUGGUGCUAUAUAAAAUUAUAAAUUAUGGAAUUCUGAUUCCUUAAAUUAUGCAGUUGAAUCAAGGUAAUCGAAGUCACUGUUUAUUCUUGUGCUCAGAUUAACUUAACAAGAUAACAUCGUGCAAUGCACUUAAUCGAAUUUAGUUACGUUAUUAUUAAUUUUAUGUAAUUAGUUUUAUUUUAACUACACGGAUGAUUUUCACCAUUCAGGCAAGAUUCCAAUUAAACUCUGAUUUUUCGAUUGUGUUUUAUUUGCAAUCAUCGUAUAAAUUUUAGCUUAUAACUUACUACUAAGAAUAUAAAUUAAAUAAAAAAGUUUUCAAACAAUUCACAAUUUCAAGUAACCAAAUGGAAAAGUAGAAAGGAGCUUCAGAUAAAUUUAGUGAAUUGUAAUAAUAUAUAUUUUUGUUUCUGUCUUUUUUCUGAAGAAGUGUAUAAUCUCAUCUUCAGAAAGAGAGACAUUACUUUGAUAUAUUUGUAUUCUUUAAUGUUAUACAGGGCUCAUAUUAUGAAGCGCUGAUAUAAGGAUAGAUUUUUCAAGGAAGGAGAAAGUUUUUAUACGAAAUGUGUACUGACUGUUAUUAUUAGACACAUUGAUUAACAGACUUUUAAUUCAUUUCAUCUUUAAGUUGCUUUUCCUGUGCAGCUUUAUAAAUCAUGGAAUAGCGAGGGCCACAUAUACAUAUUGCUCAGAAUCUUUUGUUUGCACUUUCGUGAACGUUGCAGUACUACACAAACAAAUUUUAUACUCAAUAUUCACGUGGUAGAUUUUGCAAUACAAUUACUAUUACCAGAUUGUCUGAAAAGAUUAAAUCUAAGAAUGAAUCUAAACAUAUGUGAAACAUGUGCGUAUAAUUAAUGGUUAAAGGCACCAUGGUACCUCAGCCGCAGAGGGAGGUAUAUAGAGCAGAAUUAGUACCAUUUUAUAACAAAUAUAUUUUACAUUAAUUAUAAGUUGCACAUAUGUAUUGUUAUAGAAAAAUUAGCGUUACUGGAAAGCAUCGAUGCUUUAUUUAAUUAUAUUUUACUAUAAUUAAUCUUGACAUUAAUAAAUAAAACAUAAGAGCUUCUAUGCCAAGCAUCUUUGAAUCGAUCUGUUUUACAAAUAAAUAUUACUUUUACAUUGUUAUGGACGACGAUGUGUGUCACUGAAUAGUUUUGUAUUUUUAUAAUGCUUUCCUAGUGGAAGCAUACCAAAAGUAUUGAAUUCAAUGUAUACUCACACUAAAAUGUAACAUUAUUGUUAAUUGAUGAAAGCUCGCAAUUAAACUGUACAUUUUCCAUAAGGAGAAAAAACCAGUAAUAGUCAAGGGUAUACAAUUUUUAAAUAAAAAAAUAAGUAUUCUUCUAAAUAGAACACCUUUGAAUCUGGUUGUGAAAAUGUAUGGUUCGAUCAAAUCUUUAAUUAGAAGAAUAUCACGAUCGAUCUUUCACGAAAUAUAUACUUGGCAUAGAGUCGUAUGUAUUUGUUGUAUACCAAAGUUUACAAUUGUAUUCAAAGUAUAACAUUAAACUAUAUUCCCUUAUUUGUUCCUUAGAAUUUUUCAACUUUUUUUUGUUAAUUACAUAAAUAUAUAUGGUGUCAACCGUUAAUUUUAUCUAGUAUAGUAAUUGUAUUAAAUUGUGUAAAGAUAAUUAAGUACAGCAAAAAACGACAUUAUAAUAAAACUGAAGACUUACAGAUUUUUUAAAGAUGUAUAAUGUUAUACUUUGACUAGAAUAUAUUGGUACAUCGAUCUUUAUUAUCGUUUGUUAUAUAUAAUUGACAAGUGCUAGUCAUAAACAUUGCAUUUUUAAGUUGGACUUCAGUAUUGUUUAUUAAUAAAUAUCAAUUUACUUCCGAA